AUGGCGAUGGCUCUUCAUCAUUCCCUUUUACUUAUCGUCUUGUUGGCAUUUGUGUCAGUGUGUUCAUCGGAGAGACCAUUGCCUCCCUUCCAUCACAAUGGAAAGCCUUUACCAGAAGCUCACCCUCCUACACUUCCCCCGCCACUUCACAAACCACAACCACACCAUCCUUCUCCCUUUAUUCCAAAGCCUCCACCCCUUCACAAGCCCCCAUUUGAGAAGAAGCCUCCUAUGAAAGGCGUUCAGCCUCCUCCACUUCCUAAGCCACAGCCACACUACUCUUCUCCAUUUAUUCCAAAGCCACCUCCACUUCACAAGCCUCCAUUUGAAAAGAAACAUCCCAUGAAAGAUGGUCACUUCUCUUCUCCCCCUAGUGCUCAUCAAUCUCCUUCCCAUCCCAAAGUUAAACCACCAGUCAUUCCCAAGCCUCCACCAGUGCACGGUAAGGUGCCUCCUCAUACCAUCAAUGAGCGCCCCACUUCUUUCUCCCAUGGAAAACCUCAUCCUCCUCUUACUCCUCCAUUUCACAAGCCAGGCUUCCCCAUCUUCAAUCCCUAUGGCCAACUCCAUCCUCCCUUGAAGAAAUCUCCUCCCAAGCCAGGCUCCCCCAGCAAAGCAUGGACACUACAAUCCUCCUCUCAUGCAUAA